AUGUACAUACACACGAUGAUUCUACUGGGUUUUGUGUGGUUUAGUCCACCACUUCUUGUGAUCCUUGCCUCACCAACCCCUGCUUCAAAUGAUAAGAGAGGCCCCUGUCAAAUCUACAACUCUGGUCGCUCCGCAAACUGCCUUGGUCAGCGACUGGAUCAUGUUCCAUGGAAGCACCUCCCUUCCACGCUUGAAAGGAUAGAUCUCUCCUACAAUGAACUUCAUACCAUUCAUGUUAAUUACUUUUCUCGCCUACCUCAUCUUCGUGUCCUCGAGCUGCAGUUCAACAACAUCUCUGUGAUUGAGGACCAUGCCUUCCACAACAACCCCCUCCUGGAGCAUCUUAACAUCUUUAACAACUCCCUAGAGGAAAUCCCUGCCAACGCCUUGCAGGACCUCUUUAAUCUAAGGGAACUCCUUAUGUCGAAUAACCUUUACACCCAGGCUACAUUGUCAGCUGAUGUUUUCUCCAGAUUGACCCACCUUAAGGCCCUGUCCAUGGGCGGCCCCUUGGUCAAGGGUCUAAGGAAAGGGGACUUCCAGGCAUUGAGGAACAUUCAGUUGCAGGACUUUGCCAUUAAAACUUCAUCAAAUAUCAGUUACUAUGAACCGGGUAGUCUGAAGGUAAUCCAAACAGGUAGAAUGGGUUUUGACAUGGCCAUAGAUCAGAAGCCGAAUUUCCUACCUUUGAUUCUACGAGACUUGGCCAACAAGACUUUCAGUCUCAUCCAAUUCAGGAACCUCUUUGAGUUCAUGUAUUACUUGGGAGAUGAGGAUAUUUUCAGAGGCUUACAAGACAUCAAAGUAGAUUCUCUCAUCUUUCACCGUGGAAAAUUCAAUGAGAACCUUAUGAGGAUGGCUCUGUUUAAUCUACAAAUCACCCCCCUUAAACGUCUGACACUUCAAUACAUUGACUUUGCUCGCUCGCCCAACUUUGUGGAUAAUGGCUUGGGCUCCAGUAUCAAAGACCUUGCUCUGAGUAGACUAAAUCUGUGGCACAUCAGCAAUCCAGAUAUUUUGCGAUUCGACUGGCGCUUCACAUGGUUCAACAAAGUCCGACUGCUGUCCAUUCAGAAUGUCAACUUCAAAUCUGUGCCUUGCGAUGCCUGGCUUAAUAUGGAAGGCAUGGAGGUUUUGGACAUAUCAAACAACCGCCUGCAGGACAACAUCCUCUUCAACCAGAGAUGCGACUACAGGGGCACCAUGCCGGCUCUUCGUUCCUUCAAUGUCAGCACCAACCAACUGACCAGCCUUCAGGACUUAGCCUCCCUGACCAGGGAGUUCAAACAGUUGAAGGUCCUGGAUGUCAGCCACAACAUGUUGGGCUCUGCUGAGAAGAGUCGCAACUGUAACUGGAUGCAGAACAUCACCCAGGUGAUCGCUCACCACAACCGAUUCGAAAGUGGUGCCCUCCAGUGUCUGCCCACCACAGUACAAUUCCUGGACCUCUCGUACUGUGACCUGGACCAGCUGGACAUGGCCUACUUCCAACAAACCAUCAGCCUCAAGGAGCUCCUGCUCAAUGGGAACAAGAUCAAGUUCAUCCCCUCUGGGUGGAGAAGUCGCUCCUUGCAGUCACUGGCUCUGGAUGGGAACUCCUUUGGGCUCAUCAGCAUGGGCUCCUUCCAGGACAUGCCCCAGCUUUCUCGACUGACAGCAGGGAACAACCCAUUCCACUGCACAUGCGACCUCCACGCCUUCAUCCAGGACACAAUUUCCAAGGGGAAGGUCAACAUCACUGACUGGCCAGAGAACUACAAGUGUUACCAUCCAGAGGCCCUGCUCAAUACUGCUGUGGCAAAUUUCUUCCCGGGUCACGUGGCUUGCGAUAUCAGACUGGUCAUCAUCAUCUGUGUGGCUACUACUGCUGCUGUGGUUUUAGUGUUGAUGCUUAUAUGCUACAUAUUCAAUGUUCCCUGGUACACCAAAGCCACCUAUCAGAUCCUCAGAGCCAAAUACAGGGCUCAUCAGGAAGGAACAUCUGGAAAAUCACAAAUCUAUGCUUACCAUGCAUUCAUCUCCUAUAGCCACCCAGAUGCAGACUGGGUCAGGGAUCAGUUGUUGCCCUGCUUGGAGAACAGCAAGCCCCCCUACCGACUCUGUAUCCAUGAGAGAGACUUCAUGCCAGGAAAAUGGAUAAUCGACAACAUCAUUGAAAAUAUUGAGAGCAGCGAAAAGGUCAUAUUUGUGUUGUCACACCACUUUGUGAACAGCGAUUGGUGCAACUACGAGCUCUACUUUGCCCAGCAAAGAGCCAUCGGCAAGACCUUCAGCGAUGUUAUUCUGGUGGUUAAAGAACCCAUCGACCCUGAAUCUCUGCCCAGCAAGUAUUGUAAGCUCAAGAAGAUGCUGAACACCAAAACGUACCUAGAGUGGCCCCAGCAAGCCAAGCAGCAGACCUUCUUCUGGGCUCAACUUAGGAGCUGCCUGGGCAAGCCCACAGUGACUAGAGAGCAGGCUCUUAGUGGUAGGAGCAGCAGUGUAUCCUCAGUUGGCGCUGUGCCUGUGAUAGAGAUUCCUCUAGAGGAUGAGAAGCCAGCGAUAGCUAUGCCAAAUUUAGACAGAGAAGCAGAGCUCCACAAAGUAGUUCCUCAGGAGAUCAAAAAUCUUUCAGUGAGAAGUGCAGAGUUUUGUGGGCAAAGACUGAUCCCUGUAGCCGUGCGACCCAGGCCAAGGGCCCUGCUGACAGGUGUUGAUAGACCACAAACUCAACAGCUCAAAUGGGAUCUCCCGUGUCACACUUCAGAUAACAAGCAAGGUGCCAGGAAGAUGUGGUAUCCACAGCUCUGUAAAAUGGGUUCCAAACUCGAGAGUGCAAUGGAGGGGCUAAUUCGAGUGUUCCACUCAUACUCCUCAAAAGAAGGGGACAAGUACAAGCUGAGCAAAGUUGAGCUGAAGAAUCUGUUGCAGGGGGAACUGAGUGACUUCCUGGCGGCAAGUAAGGACCCUAUGGUAGUAGAGAAGAUCAUGAGUGAUCUGGAUGAAAACAAAGAUGGUGAAGUGGACUUUCAGGAGUUUGUCAUCUUGGUUGCUGCGCUGACCGUGGCCUGUAACGAGUUCUUUGUAGAGAGCCUGAAUGAAUGAGUUUGGAAACAGUCUGUGACCUCUGCGUUCUACUCAUUUAUUUCUUGUUAAUAAAACAAACAUGUAUGCUUUAA